AUGGCUAUGGCUGAAGACGUUGAAUCACGAAUCGAUGAGGACCAAACUAUUGAACUUCCUGAAGAUAGUAAUAACACUUACGAUGAUCCAUACGAAUGGCCAAAAAAGAAAAAGUACUUUGUUCUUUCAAUAGUAUCAGUUACUGGAAUGAUAGCUCCGUUAACAAGCACGAUAUUUUUCCCUGUGUUACAAGUAAUAAAAAAAUCAUUUCAUACAACAGACAUGACAGUAAAUUCAAUAGUGGCAGUAUUUGUUCUGGCUAUGGGAAUCUGCCCGCUCGGUUGGGCUGCAUAUUCGGACAAGCGCGGAACAAGACGCAAUGUUUACCUUCUGUCAUUAGCAGUGUUUGUUUUUGCAUCGAUAUUAUGCGCUGUGUCGCCAAACAUCUGGCUACUUAUUAUUAUGAGAACAUUGCAGGCGUGUGGAUCAUCGGCAGUGCAGAGUGUUGGAGCCGGAACGCUAAGUGACAUGUACAAAGUUGAAGAGCGUGGAACCGCAUACGGAUUUUUAUACUUGGGAGUGCUACUUGGUCCACUUAUGGGACCCCUUCUUGGUGGAUAUAUUGAUAAAUUUUUUGGAUGGAGGUGGAUUUUCUGGUUCCUUGCGAUAUUUGGAACCGCUUUAUUUGUUCUUAUGUGUUUUUCACCAGAAACAUACAGAGACACCUGCAAACUGGAAAAAUUGAACAAACAGCGAGAAUGCAAAAAAAAUAGUAAUAGUAAAGCGGAGGAUAAUAAUAGAAAACAACCAGUGGCUUGUACUAUUGAGCCCAUCAAUGAAAUAGAAAAACUGAACGACUGUAAUAAGAAAACAAAAAGCCAAAUUAGUGUUGAUGUUUCUCUUGUUAUAUCUACAGUAUCUACAGAUUCUAUGGUUUCUUUAUCUCCAAUUUCUCCUACUACUACCAUUACCUCUUCGCCCCCAACAUCUCCUACCACCCUUGUUUCUUCAAAUCCAACUUCCCCUACUACUGCCUUUUCUCCCUCGAAUUCAAUGUUACCAAUUGAUACUUCUCCUUCCUCAACUCCUUCAUCGCUGCCUCAAACCAAGAAUGCAUAUAAUUGCACAGUUUUUGCAAUGCUGUAUACACAGAAUACACUCGUAUCAGCGACAUUUCAAAAUAGCCAUUAUUCCCUCUCACCCUCUGCAACUGGGCUUGUGCUUUUGUCUGGCGGAGUAGGGUAUAUGGUAGGAAGUGUAUUGGGAGGAAAAUAUGCAGAUAUAAUACUUGCAAAAGGAAAAAAGAAGAAUAAAGGAGAGCAGUAUGCGGAGAUGAGAUUAAAAAGUGCAUGGUUGGGUGCCAUUAUCUUACCGAUUUCGUUUACUGCCUAUGGCUGGUGUGUAGAAAACGAAGUGUUUAUUGUAUGGCCUUUGAUUGCUAUGUUUUUUGGAGGUUUAGGCAUUCUUUUAUGCUACACAUGCACAUCAACAUACUUAAUCGAUGCAUUUCCUGGACAGUCAGCGUCAGUAAUGUCAGUGUACGCUUGCAUGCGAUAUAUAGCUUCUGCUUUAAUGUCUCUCCUGGCUGCUUCAAUGGAAAACGCGCUUGGCAAUGGAUGGACGUUUACAACGCUAGCGCUUCUCAAUAUUAUUGGAGCUG